AUGGCGCACAGCCACGACGACAAGGCCAUCGUCGUCCCAGACGACAAGGUCAACCCCGACCUCGGGGACCAGAUGCUCCGCGAUGCGCAGGCCGCCGACACCGCCGAGCACAAGAUGACCAUCAAGGACGGGUGGCGUACCCACCGCAAGGCGAUCAUGUGGUCCAUGCUGCUAUCGGCCGCGCUCAUAAUGGAGGGGUACGAUGUGGUCGUCAUUGGCUCGUUCUACGGACACCCCGCCUUCCUCCGCCGUUUCGGCGUGCCAGCUCCUGGAGCCAACGAAGUUGGAUACAUCAUCCCUGCGGAGUGGCAGUCAGCGCUGUCUAAUGGCUCGUCCGCCGGUGGCAUCAUCGGCCUUAUGAUCAACGGAUGGGCCGCCGACCGCUACGGUCCCAAGAUCGUCAUGAUGGUCUCGAUCGUCGCGCUCACAGGUUUCAUCUUCAUUAUGGUCUUCGCCAACAAGUCCCUCACCAUGCUCGUCAUUGCCGAAGUGUUUUGUGGCAUCCCCUGGGGCGUCUUCCAGACACUCACGACGGCGUACGCCUCCGAAGUCUGUCCUAUCCAGCUGCGCGGCUACCUCGCAGCGUACGUCAACGCGUGCUGGGGAAUCGGCAUCCUCCUCAGCUCGGGAGUCGUAAAGGCUACGACUACUGGAACGACCGACUGGGCGUGGCGUAUCCCCUUCGUCAUCCAGUGGGUGUGGGUCAUUCCGCUGUUCAUCAUCGUGUGGUUCUCGCCCCAGUCGCCUUGGUGGCUCGUCCGAAAGAACCGCCUCGACGAGGCAGAGCACUCGGUCUCACGUCUCACGAAUCCCAAGUACAUCUCCCCGCAGGAUAUCAAGAACACGGUCGCGAUGAUGGUCCACACCAACGAGCUCGAGCGCCAGAUCGCCGAGGGAACGAGCUACAUCCAGUGCUUCCGCGGCACCGACCGCCGGCGUACCGAGAUCUCCAUGAUGGUGUUCGCGAUGCAACUCUUGUCGGGCCAAAACCUCAUCGGGCAGGGUGUGCAGUUCCUCACGGUAGCAGGGAUCGGAACCAAUCUCGCAUUCUCGCUCAACAUGAUCCUCAACGCCCAGUUCGUCAUCGGCACCUGUGUCUCUUGGAUCCUCAUGACCCUCUUUGGCCGCCGCUCCAUUUACAUGGUGGGCAUGGGGCUCAUGUCCUUUGUGCUCUUCAUAAUCGGUGGACUGGGCUUCACCAAGAAGAAUGAGGUCGACGGCGUGUUCAGCAAGAAGUACAUUGACGUGACUUACGCCAUCGGCUCCCUCCUCAUUGCCCUCAACUUCAUUUACAACGCGUCCCUUGGUCCUCUCUGCUACACAAUCAUUGCCGAAGUGUCGUCCACCCGCCUCCGCCAGAAGUCAAUCGUACUCUCGCGCAUCGCGUACCAGGUCAUGAACAUUAUCUGCGGAAUCAUUGUUCCCCGAAUGCUCGGUGCUCAGUCAUGGAACUGGGGUCCAAAGUCGGGUCUAUUCUGGGGAGGGUCAGCGUUCCUCUGCACUGUGUACUGCUUCCUCCGCCUGCCAGAGACCAGCAAGCGGUCCUACGGUGAACUUGACCUGCUCUUCGAGCACCGUGUCCCCGCGUGGAAGUUCAAGAGCACCCAGGUCAACCAGUUCGCGGACCACGUCGACGAAAAGGUCAAUGUGGCACAUGUGGAGAGGGCUGGUUCACUCCAGCAUUAG